AUGGAUUCCUUCCCUCGCGAUUUGUCGGUGGACUUGGAUCCAAAAGAAUACAAAAAGACCACAACCUCAGAGAUGAUCGAGAAUGUAUCCCCGGCCAGGGGAAACGAUGGGCCCAAGGAAGGUGCCUGUGCCUCCGCGAAGAAAAACCCCAAGGUCAUUAUGUAUAGCAUUGGUGCUUGCGCGAGCUCAAUGCUUUGGGGUUUUGAUAUCGGGGUCAACUCUAUAUCUGUCUCAUUGCCAGGGUUCAAAAUGGUAUUCGGCUACGAAUAUCAAGGCGAACUUCUGAUCUCCGCAACUUGGAAUUCCCUCUGGACGGCCAUGAGCUCGCUUGGGAUGUUGAUUGACCGUGGUGGUAGAAGAAUUGGGUUUGCCGUGGGAGCUGCAGUUUCAUUGUUGGAUGUUGGUCUCGAAUACGCUGCCGACGGUCCGGGUAUGCUUCUGGCUGGAAAGAUUAUCAAUGGCAUUGCUUUGGGGUUUUUCCUGACUCUCAGUUCCGUCUAUGCGUCCGAGAUUGCCCCAACUCCAUUGCGCCCGUCAUUAACUGCAGCGGUCAAUUUGUUUAUUAACGCUGGUCAGCUCACUGCCAUCGCCAUUGGAAAUACCCGCUUUGCUAUAUUGAGCUCGGCAUCUUAUAAGGUUUUGUUUGCGGCACAGUGGGCUUUUCCUUGCUUUAUCGGCUUAUACGCUCUUUUCAUGCCCGAGAGCCCCUGGUACCUUUGUCGAAAGGGUCAUAUCGAUGGAGCAAAGAAGAGCCUGCAAAGACUACAUCCGGAGUCUACCGACACUUCCUUAAUUCUGGAGGAAAUCCAAGCUUCCAUUGCCGAGGAACAAGCAGUGGCUGAAAGUCAAAAGGAUGCCUCCUAUGCAGAUUGUUUCCGAGGCACUGAUUGGCGCAGAACAAGAAUCUCUUGUGGCAUGUUUUGUGUUCAACAGGCAACGGGUAUCGCGUUCUACUCUCAAGCAUUAUAUUUUCUGGGUAUCUCCGGACUUCCGGUUAGCUUUACCUUCAAAUUAGCACUUGGAGGCUUUGGUGUGGCCAUGUUUGGAAAUAUUGUUUCAUGGUUUAUCAUGAACUAUAUUGGCCGUCGACCACUUUUGUUGACAGGGAUCGCUCUCAAUGCGCCCUUGCUGUUAUCGGUCGGCGUGGCUGGAUGCUUCUCCAGCAUGGCCGCCCUAUACUAUGUAGGGUAUGUCAUGAACUUUGCUCAACUGUUCUAUGCCCCUACCGUAGGUGCAGUGAGUUGGACGAUCAGUGCCGAGGUCAGCUCCAUCAAACUUCGAGCCCAAACGCAAAGUCUUGCCAUGAUGACGAAUGCUUUGGUUAGCUGGAUCAUGAAUUUCAUUUCACCCUAUUUAAUCAACACAGAUAGCGCUGACUUGGGUGGUAAAUCUGCAUUUGUAUGGAUGGGUCUCUCUUUUCUAAGUCUGGUGUGGGCGUGGUUUGAGGUUCCAGAGUUCAAGGGUCGCACUUUCAAUGAACUGGAUGGGAUGUUCGCUCAGAAAAUACCAACCAGACAGUUUAAGAAGCAGGCAGCGGAGAUGAGUCGGGAUUGA